AUUGACUAGGUUCGCUGCCGCUGCUGCCCAUCGGCGAGCCGUCAGAGUCAGAGCGUGUCCGCGGCUUAAAGGAGUUCCCGCUCCGGGGAGAUCUUAUCGCGUCAUUCACGCUGUUUCAAACUCUUUUAAACAUAGAAAACAGGCAGCUGACGGGUGGACAUUAAACUUACCGCGAAAUGACAGCUGAGCGAUGAACAGGGGAUAUUCCCCACUGAUGACAGUGAUGGAGAACACAACUUGGCCAUACCAGUCAUUCGUGCCCCACUAUCUCCUGCGUGGUGACCCUUUUGCUUCGAGACUCUCCAGAGAGGCGGACAUUAUUGCAGGCUUUUACAUCUGUAUUAUAGGAAUCCUUUCUGCAACUGGGAAUGGCUAUGUCAUUUAUAUGACCAUCAAACGCAAGACCAAGCUGAAGCCUCCUGAGCUCAUGACUGUUAACUUGGCCAUUUUUGAUUUUGGCAUAUCAGGCUUGCGGGUUUGGAAGCAGGACCGGGAUGCAGAACAAGGCGAGGAGAACGUAUGUUUCGCCCACCGCUGGUUGUUCGGUUGGAGGGGCUGUCAAUACUACGGUUGGGCUGGCUUCUUCUUUGGCUGUGGGAGCCUCAUCACCAUGACAAUAGUGAGCCUGGACCGAUACCUGAAGAUCUGCCAUCUCCGAUAUGGCACAUGGUUAAAACGUCACCACACCUUCCUGUGUUUGGCCUUUGUAUGGGUGUAUGCUGCCUUCUGGGCCACCAUGCCGCUGGUUGGCUGGGGCAACUAUGCUCCGGAGCCCUUUGGGACCUCAUGCACCCUGGACUGGUGGCUCGCUCAGGCCUCUGUGUCAGGCCAAAGCUUUGUGAUGUCUAUUCUUUUCUUUUGUCUCAUCCUCCCUGCUGGCAUCAUCGUCUUCUCCUAUGUUAUGAUCAUUUUUAAAGUGAAGUCGUCUUCAAAGGAAAUUUCACACUACGAUGCCCGCAUCAGAAACAGCCACAGCCUGGAGAUAAAACUCACAAAGGUGGCAAUGCUGAUCUGUGCUGGAUUUUUGAUCGCCUGGAUUCCUUAUGCCGUGGUUUCAGUGGUGGCGGCGUUCGGCAACCCAGACUCUGUGCCCAUCCCUGUGUCUGUCAUUCCCACAUUGCUAGCCAAGUCCUCAGCAAUGUACAAUCCCAUCAUCUACCAACUUGUGGAUCUGAAAAACUCUUGCUCAUCCUGCUGUGUCAAGGUCAUGACGGAAAAGAAGCAUUUUAAGAAGUCAAGGUUCUACACAAUCUCAGGCUCAUUAAAGAACACAACACAAGCCAAAGAAUCUCACAUCGAAAUGUAAACUUGGGACUGCGUGAUCUCUAGCUCUUGUACCAUGGACCUCCUGCCUUCUUCCCUUCUUCGCACAUAAUCAACCAUAUGCUGCCUGCUGUGAGGACAUCAUCUGCUCACCUUUGCUGCUGGUUCCUGUUUGUUGCACCUUCCUUCCUACACUGGACACCCAUCUUUGUGAAAGCUUACUACUGCGUCAAGAUUAUAACACAUUAUCCCCACAAGGCUUCCCUUUAUCUAUGGUGUACACUGGUUUUAACUUACAGAUCACAUGUUGUGUGAAUUUUUGAUUGUCUUUCUCCAGUAUUAGAGAGUUCUCAAUAAAAUGCUUGACUCAGGUUUCGGAACUGGAGAGGUUUCCAAGUCAAGUCACGUCUUAAUGUCUUUGUGUAAAAUAUGGUUCCUGUUCCAUAAUUUGGUAUGUUCGACAGUUUUAGCUGAACAGGAAAUUACAAUUUCAUAGAACAAAUACAAAUAUGUUUAUCUUUUUUGCUGUUAGUAUAGGCUGUUGGUGUUUGUACAUUUAGACUUGUGUGUUGUACAUGAUAAAUCUAUUAGUAUCUAGAUAAAGCACUGGAUCACAUUAUCUAACCUGGUUAAUGGCAGUAAGAGUGUUAUUUCAGCUCUUUGGUUAGUUCAAAUUCAAAAUAGGAAAAGUAGAGCAAUCCGCAUUUAACAGAUCAGAAAACAUAUGAGGUCAUUAGUUCAAGGUAUAGCACGGAAACACACACACAGAAUGAGUGCACUUUAGUUUCCAAAAUAUUCACAAUGCACUAAUUACUAAUUCUUGCCAUAAUUUUAUAUCUGGUCAAUUGUUGCAAAAAUGGGUUGUAAUUAUUAAAUACGAAAAUACUACCUACAUUUCUAGAAAUAUUAUUCUAGUUAAUUCAGGGACUACCAAAAUAUAUUUAUUUUUGCUAUAUUUUCUUUUUCUAUUUUUACAACAAAAAAUAAAAGCAUUUGUCUUUCCUUUGCUCAUUAACAAUGUGUCCCUUUCUGUCUCACCAGGAGUUUUACUGCCAUAUAAACUGAGCACGAAAAGUGAGGAUUUUGGUUUUUAGGUAUUUCUUUGCUGUAACGUUGCUACUUGGUAAUAAAUCCGAUGCCUUUG